CAGAAACGGUGGAGGAGUUUCGCUAUUCUGCUACUGUAAAAUCUUAGCGUAGUGAAUCGCUAGGAGAGAUACAGGGGAAUAACGGAGCCGAAUUCACGAGCGUUCCCCGAUAAUGCUAUUUUGAAAUUAUAGUGACUGAAUAAAGUUUUUCUACAUGAGAUGGACUAUUAGUACAGACAAAAGUUUGUAUUUGCCUAGGCUUUGAAGAGUUUGCGAGCAGCUACCUAACUAGCUAUGCUAACGUUAGCUAGCGAACUAGAUAUAACUGUAAACAUGGUUUAAAUUGGUUUCUCACUUGACGUUAUAUUGCAGUAAUUUUAAUUUAGUAUGAAUUAUUAUUUUAUGAAUGUGUGUCUGUCGUAGAUAACGUAUUUAGGAUACAUUUAUGCUUGGAUUCAAACAGCCGCAGUGUGUACACAAAUCAAACAUCAGCAGAGGCAGCUACUUCUGUUAAUGUGAUUGUGAAUAUCCGGAAAACCCUCCAGAUGAUGGAGGAGCAGUGGAGACGUGGCAUGCCCCUGUCAGAUCGAAUGGAAAAUGACUCCCCAGCCGAUAUUGGCCCAGGGUCCCCGACCACAGCGGCCCCGUUGGGCUCCAACGCCUCCUGGGUGCCAGACACCCCCCUGGUGACCCCUGAGGAACCAUACUUCCUCAUGACCUCCACUGCCCAGACCGUGUCAGGGUUCUUUGUCUGGACAGCCCUGCUAAUAACCUGCCACCAGAUCUACAUGCACCUGCGCUACUACAGCUCUCCCAAUGAGCAGAGGCACAUAGUUCGCAUCCUCUUCAUCGUUCCCAUCUACGCCUUUGACUCGUGGCUCAGCCUCCUCUUCUUCACUAACGAAGAGUACUACGUCUACUUUGACACGGUCCGCGACUGCUACGAAGCGUUUGUGAUCUACAACUUCCUCAGCCUGUGUUAUGAGUACCUUGGAGGGGAGAGCGCCAUCAUGGCUGAGAUCAGAGGAAAGCCCAUUGAGUCCAGCUGUGUGUACGGAACCUGCUGUCUCUGGGGAAGGACUUACUCCAUUGGGUUCCUCCGAUUCUGCAAACAGGCCACUCUACAGUUCUGUGUGGUGAAGCCUCUGAUGGCCAUGAUCACGGUCAUCCUGCAGGCCUUUGGGAAGUACAGAGACGGAGACUUCAAUGUGGCCAGUGGGUACCUGUAUGUGACCAUCAUCUAUAACUUCUCUGUCAGCCUGUCUCUCUACGCCCUCUUCCUCUUCUACUUCGCCACCCGCAACCUGCUGGUCCCCUACAGCCCCAUGCUCAAGUUCCUCAUGGUCAAGUCUGUCAUCUUCCUCUCUUUCUGGCAGGGUAUGCUGCUGGCCAUCCUGGAGAAGUGUGGAGCCAUCCCUAAAAUCAACUCUCCCGAAGUGUCAGUGGGGGAGGGCACGGUCGCCGCCGGCUACCAGAACUUUAUCAUCUGCAUUGAGAUGUUCUUUGCCGCUGUGGCCCUGCGCCACGCCUUCACCUACAAGGUCUACAUGGACAAGAGGCUGGACUCCUACGGGUCCUUUCCUAUUUAUGGACAGUACGGUCGCUGCGCCCCAAUGAAGAGCAUCUCCAGCAGUCUGAAGGAGACCAUGAACCCCGGAGACAUGGUGCAGGACGCCAUCCACAACUUCUCCCCAGCCUACCAGCAGUACACACAGCAGUCCACCCUUGAGCAGCGCGGAGGGGCGCCGGUGUCCCGCAGCCACAGCAACGUCAGCACCCGCGACAACGAGAAGACCCUGCUGCUCAGCUCCGAAGAUGAGUUCUGAGCCCCCCUACACACCGACCGGUGGUACUACUGGGGGGUGGAGACGGGAGGGGCUUUAUGGACUCUACUAUAGUGCCAUACCAAAUCGACAGGCUUGAGUCCUUUGGCUGAUCCACUUCAUUGCGUACAUGAACAUAGUACUCAUAUUCCUCAGUCUAUAUUGACAAUACAAGCAACCUACUACAGAGGUCCAUUGCCACAUACCACUGCCAAUAUGGAUCAAUACAGAUACACACACACACACACACACACACACACACACACACACACACACACACACACACACACACACACACACACACGUGCAUAGACCAUUCCCAGGUGUCUCCAGGCUGUGUGUUAACACUACAAAGGCCUUCCACACAGAGAAACACCCACUGCUGUAUAAUUGAAAUAUUGUCAAUUAUACAGCAUCCCCCCUCACCCUCCUGCCAGCUCUGCCUCUUGCUGAAAUGUUGCCAAAUAGAGGGAGAUCCCGCUUGGUCAGCAGGACCCUCUCUAACUUAAGAUUUAGAUUUCAGAGUGACUUGGAUAAGACACCCUGAAAUCACUGUAUAUUUUGAUGUUUAUUGACCUGAUGGUAUUCUUCUCAUUUUAAACUAAUCUAUUAUGAAGGGAGGUUAUUAUUAUAUGAUGUGUGUUAGUGUGUGUUGGCGUGAACAGGAAGGUACAGUGAGGAUAAUAUAAUUGGGGGGUUUUGGGGGUCAUUUCGGGUGUCUCCCGGAAUGUUAUGGUUGUUGUUGACGACGUAUUGAGGGAACAGCUGUUGACAGAGUUUUGGUGUGGACGUCUAACAUCACUCACGCGGAUUACAGCUGAAAGAGGAACGGGCUUCUUAGCAGAGCUGGACCCGGCCACAGCAGACAGGAUUAUAAUCCCGUAAUUGGGGCAUUAUGUGCGGUACAGAUCAGGCAUGUUUUUACCAUCACGUUGGUCUAACGGUCAUAUCGCGCCGAACUGCGCAUGUGCAGACCGUCUAAUGAAAUGAUGUCUUUUGAUGUUUUUUGGACGAAAAUGAAAAUGUCACUUUGAGGAGGUUGGAGUAAUAACAUUUUCAACUACUUAAGACAGUGGCUCGAAUCUAGGUUGUGUCUUUAGAUUGAGAAAAUAAACAACUAAGUUCACUGUUCUCAUCUCAAA